AUGGAGGAGCAGGCCCAAGUUAUACGGCAGCAACAGGAGAUGCAACGUAAACAAAACGAAGAAAUCACCCAGCUGAAGGCGCGACAUGUCAAUCAUGAGAUGUCCGAGACCCAAGGAAGCCAGAAUGACGAACAUGGCGGACAUACGCCUCCACGCAACGAUCGGUCUCCUAAUCUAUUACCUUUCACUAAUGCUAUCAUGCAAGCCCAAAUGCCCGAUAGACCUCCUCCCUCAAUCGAGAGAUUUGACGGUACUUCUGACCCCGAGCACCACAUCAGAAACUUCAUUGACUCCAUGGCUUACUACUCCAAAAGCAAUCCUGUCAAAUGCAGAGCCUUCUCCCAGUCUUUGAAAGGCGAAGCUCUGGAAUGGUAUUAUACCCUUCCCCCUAAUUCAAUCGACAAUUUCCGCACUGUCAUCACUCUAUUCAAAAAGCAAUAUGCCAUCAACCGAAAAGAUGAGGUAACCCCUACGGAUCUCGUUAAUAUAAAACAAGGCAAAGAUGAGACUCUAAGAGCGUUCGUGCAACGAUACAAUGAAGCAACGAGACGAGCCAAGGGUGUAAACCAUGAUUUCAUUAUCGGCAAUCUCCCCAACUGUAUAAAGUCGGGAUAUGUCUCGGAGCACCUAUACGCUCGACAACCUAAAACAAUGGAAGAGCUCCAGGAAAGAUUGACCGAAUACAUCAAGAUGGAGGAUCAGACAAUCUUUCGUAAGAAACAGGCUUCAGAAAAUCCGGUGAAUGAGGUCAGAAAAGAGGCAAGGCACACUCGUGAAAGAGGCCCACCACAGAAGGUCACACGAACGAACCUGCCAGAACCGUUAGGGCCCUGCUAUGACCAUUACACCAAUCUCAACACACCAAGAGAGAGAAUAUUUGACAAAGCCCUACAGGCCAACCUCAUCUUCGUACGUAGACUAAAUACGCCCGCAAAUGCAGACCCUACCAAAGUUUGCAGGUACCAUAAUAAUAAGGGGCACACUACUGAAAGCUGUCAAGGAUUGAAGGAUGAACUGGAAAGACUUAUCCGUGCGGGAUACCUCCACGAGUUCGUACGAGAAGAAACAUACAGAACCAGACACUCCCCUAGGAAGGAGCCCCGUCGAAGAAGUCCGAAGAGGAACGUUCGACCAAGAGAUCAGUCGAGAAGCCAUUCCCGAAGAAGGGAUCAAGACAAACCAGCAAGAGGUCGUAUUGACACGACCUCUAGAAGGUUCGCCGGUGGUGGGGCGUCAUCGUCCUCCCGGAAAAGACACCUGCGAAACCUGCAAAGCGUCCACAAUGUAAGCCAUCGCCAUUUGUCUAUGCCAGACAUCACGUUCACCAACGCAGAUUUCCAUGCACCAGAUCCCGACCAGGAUGACCCUAUGGUCAUUACUGCACGGAUAACCCAAUAUGAUGUUAGCAAAGUACUGAUUGACCAAGGAAGCUCGGUCAACAUUCUCUACUGGUCCACCUUCCAGAAAAUGGAAUUCCUAGAGGAUGUCGUCGCCCCUUUUAAUGAGCAGAUAUUAGGUUUCGCCAAGGAAAGGGUAGAUACUCGGGAAUACUUGGAUCUGAGAACACAACUGGGUACAGGAGAACGUUCAAAAGAGUUACGCAUACGGUUUUUGUUGGUGGAAGCAAAUACGGCUUAUAACGCUCUCCUCGGACGACCCUGCCUGAAUGCUUUUCGAGCGAUCGUAUCCACGCCUCACCUGGCGAUGAAGUUUCCGUCUGAAAAAGGGAGCAUCUGCACAGUAAAAGCGGACCAAAAGACAGCUCGACAAUAUUACGUCACCAGGCUAAAAUUAACGCCGCUCGUCCCUCAGAACAAAGUCAGGCGACCCGAAACCACACUUGUUGACUUGGACCCCAGAACAAACACGGAUUAUCGGAUGGAACCUCAGGGUGAUGUGAAGACGUUCGUAUUAGGGCGAAGUGAGGACCAAACCACCACCAUCAGCGCAGAACUACAACUGGGGGACGAGCGAAAUUUGACGGAGUUACUACGCACCAACUCUAAGCUGUUGGCAUGGAGUGCAGCUGAUAUGCCCGGGUACACCCGAGCGUCAUGA